AUGGCUUAUUUAUCAUUGCAGGAAGAUGGACAAACAUUUUGUCUAUCAACAAGUGCGAAAUAUUUGCUUAUUGCAGCUUACUGUGCGAGUUAUAACCCUCCCAGCAGUGAUCGUCGCUUUUUUACUAAGAAUCACGGAAAACAGCGACGUCGUGCGUCAACAGCAAAAGGAUUGCGGAGCAACUUAGAAUCAGCCCAUGAGACUGGUCCGAAACCAUUUCCUGUGCAAAGAUUGCUUUUCAUCUAUCUUGCAAUGCUUGAGAAGCAUGAUAUGAGAAAUCAUUGUGCUGCUGAUAUCCACGCACAGGUUGCAGAGCUCUGUGCGAUGGGCUUUUUAAACCGAGUUUCCGCUGACGGAAACCUUGAUACUCCGAAAUAUCGUUGCAUCGCAACUUUUGAAUUUUCGGAACAGUUGGCCAAGACAAUGGGUAUCGAAAUCCGUGACUUCCUUAUUGAUUUUUCAUCGUAA